AUGGAUCAGAGCGAGCUAUUGCCCCUGACAACCCCGCUCUAUAGCCUCAUAGGCAAUGAAGUGUUGAUGCUUGGCCAAGUAAGGUUGGUUGUCUCUUUCGGGGAGGAGCCGCUGAAGAGGACAAGGGUGACCAACUUCAUUGCGGCCGACGCACCAUCGGCUUACAAUGUUAUAUUAGGCCGACCGACCCUCAACGAGUUCUGGGCGGUCAUAUCUACCUACUGCCAGAAGAUCAAGUUCCCGAUGGACGACAAGGUGGGUGAAGUCAGAAGCGACCAGUUGACUGCUCGGCGAUGCUAUGUCGAGAUGGUCAGAUCUGAAACAAGGGUCACUCAGAAAAAUCUAUGCUUAGAGGUGAACACUAUCACAGAGAAGCCUCUUAUGCUGGCUUACGAAGAAAAGGAGGAGUUUCAGAUUCACCCCAGCCGGUCGGAGACAACCACCUUUAUAGUCAUCGACCUGGAGAGCGCGAAGAAGGAAGAACUGGUCACCUGCCUUAGACAAAAUUAUGAUGUGUUCGCUUGGUCGAUGCAAGAGCUUCCCGGUAUCUCGUCGAGUGUGGCUUGGCACAAGCUCCACGUCCAACUGGAUGCUCGGUCGAUCAAGCAAAAGAAAAAGGACUUCAGCACGGAGCAAAACUUGAUCAUACGGGCGGAGAUAGAGAAACUGUUGGAGGUCGACCGCAUACGGGAAGUCCAACUCCCGAGCUGA